AUGGCUUCUUCUUCAGACGAGGAGGGAGAGGAGUACUUGUUCAAGAUCGUCAUAAUCGGCGACUCAGCCGUGGGUAAAUCCAACCUGCUCUCCCGCUACGCCAGAAACGAGUUCAACUUGCACUCCAAAGCCACCAUCGGCGUCGAGUUCCAGACCCAAACCCUCGAAAUCGACGCCAAGGAAGUCAAGGCUCAAAUUUGGGACACCGCCGGCCAGGAGAGGUUCCGCGCCGUCACCUCCGCCUACUACCGCGGCGCAUUCGGCGCUCUCGUCGUCUACGACAUCAGCAGAAGGUCAACUUUCGAUAGUAUACCCAGAUGGCUCGAUGAGCUCAAGACUCAUUCUGAUACAACUGUAACAAGGAUGCUUGUGGGAAACAAAUGCGAUUUAGAAAAUAUCAGGGAUGUGAGUGUGGAAGAAGGAAAAACCCUGGCAGAAUCUGAAGGAUUGUUUUUCGUGGAGACUUCUGCAUUGGAUUCGACAAAUGUUAAAAAAGCUUUUGAAAUUGUUAUUCGCGAGAUUUAUAAUAAUGUCAGCAGGAAGGUGUUGAGUUCUGACUCUUACAAAGCAGAAUUAUCCGUCAAUAGAGUAUCCCUUGUCAGUAACGACACCGAUGGAUCAAAGCAAACUGGGGGAUCUUAUGCUUGUUGUUCCAGGUGA